AUGCCUGAUAUUGAGAUGGCAAACACCGCGCCUGCGGCUGCCGCUGGUUCCAAGACCGAGAGACUCCCCAUCACCGUCUCAAAGCCCACCCCUUACACAUUCGACCUGGGCCACCUGCUCGUCAACGACCCCAACCCCCUCGAGCUCCCCGAGGACCAAAAGCUGAACGACUCGCUGAAAGCGACAGCCCGCGACGGCGUCCAGGUCCUCCUCAACCAGCUCCUGACAACCUGCGAGAUCAAGACCUCCGUCUCCGACGGCGUUCUCCUUACCCUUCCCGCCCCUAACAUCCACCUCCCGCGCCACAAGCCACUUCCCGUCCCCAAGGCCCCCACGAAAUGGGAGCUGUUCGCCCGCAAGAAGGGUAUCGGCAAGUUCAGCCAGAAGCCCGGUGCCGCUGGCCAGGACAAGGAGCGCCGCAAGAAGCUUCAGUACGACGAGGCUUCUGGCGAGUGGGUGCCACGCUGGGGUUACAAGGGCAAGAACAAGGACGACGAGAACCAAUGGCUUGUUGAGGUUGAUGAGAAGAAGUGGAAGAAGGAGGCUGAGGCUAAUGCUGAGGGAGGUAACAUUCGUGGUAUCUCUCGGACUGAGCGCAAGGACCGUAUUAAGCGUAAUGAGCGUAAGCAGCGGUCUAACGAGAAGCGGUCGAACCCUGCUCGUGCCAAAUGA